AUGCACUUCACAAAGCCAGCCUGGGUGGCACACACCGACUCUUCAGCAAAGGACGAUCGCACAGCAAAACGACUAUCCAUUUUCUCCGUAGAUGUCCACCCCGACGGUUCUCGAAUCGCGACGGGCGGCCUUGACGCCAAAGUACGCAUAUGGAGUACAAAACCAAUACUGAAUUCCGCGUCAGAACAUUCCAACAAACCUCCGAAGUCACUUUGCACCUUAACGAUGCAUACGGGGCCUGUGCUGGUAGUUAGGUGGGCUCAUUCAGGUAGAUGGUUGGCGAGUGGCAGCGACGAUGCGAUUGUCAUGGUAUGGGACCUCGAUCCCGCAGCUAAAAGCAAAGUCUGGGGCUCAGAUGAAGUCAACGUUGAGGGCUGGAAACCACUUAAACGCCUGCCUGGACACGAGAGUGAUAUCACUGAUAUCGCUUGGUCACCGGGGGAUAGAUAUCUAGCCUCCGUCGGCCUUGACUCGAUGGUGUUUAUAUGGUGCGGCUAUACUUUGGAACGCUUGCACAAACUCGAUCAGCAUCAAGGCUUCGUGAAAGGCGUCUGCUGGGAUCCAGUAGGGGAGUUCCUUGCGACGCAAUCCGACGACCGGUCGGUCAAGAUCUGGCGUACCGGCGAUUGGGGGUUGGAAGCCGAGGUCACUAAGCCAUUUGAGGAUUCGCCUGGUAGCACCUUCUUCCGACGCCUCAGUUGGUCCCCUGACGGCGCUCACAUUACUGCGUCCAACGCUACGAACAACAAGGGUUUCGUAUUCAUCGCUGCUGUUAUCACUCGUAAUUCAUGGACAUCGGAGAUCAGUCUCGUCGGCCACGAGAAUACCAUUGAGGUCGCAGCUUAUAACCCACAUAUCUUCUUACGGAAUCCCGGCGCAUCAGUGACAACGUCCAACAUAUGUUCUGUUGUGGCUCUUGGUGCCGAUGAUCGAUCCGUCUCCAUCUGGCAAACUAAAUCAGCUCGUCCUUUGAUCGUCGCCAAAGAAGUCUUCGAAAGACAGAUAAUGGACCUCAGCUGGUCCCGCGAUGGCCUCACUCUUUAUGCAGCUUCAUCAGACGGCACACUCGCUGUAUUCAACUUCGACGAGGAUGAACUAGAAGGUAUCGCUCCUCUCUCCGUUCAAGAGAAGUACCUACAGAAAUUUGGCUUUUCAUUACCUCCCCUACCUGAGGGAUUUUCCCACUCUGUACCAGCUCGAGACGCGAUGCAGAUUACACCGCCUGCUUCACCGUCGUCAAAGGCCAGCCAGCCACCCUCCGACUUUGGGCACAGUGCCAACGGCACUGGGGAACGCGUUAACGUGCUAGUUGCGAAGCGAAGCAACAAGGGCAAAAGGCGUGCUCCACUCAAUCAAGCAGACAUUCCAUCAGCAUCAACUGCUGGCCCCUCGUCGAGUGCGAAGGCUACUGCGCCACCGUCUCGAACGUUCUCCAACAGAAAUUGGUCAUCUGAGACCAAAGAGUCGAUAUCCCACGCUCCUUCAUCGAAGUCGGCCCAUUUCCCUGCGCCGGAGGGCCAGCCCUUCAAUGUACCAGAAAAUUGGACACGACCCAACGAUAUGGACGUCGAUGUUCCCAUCGAUUCGUUGGACACGUCGUCAACUCGUGGAAAACGCAAGGCCGUUAUCGAUCUCACCGAUGACUCAAGGCCUGCAAAGAUGCGCACCCUUGGUGGCGACACCCCUCGAACGUCCGUUGCGGUUCGUGAGUUGGGCAGCAGUAGUGUCACAACAAACGGCUUCCACCAUCACCACGAGUUUCAAGCGGCGCCUCUCCUCCCCUCUCCUCCUUUGCUCACAUUCCUAAGCUCGAAGGUAGAGGGGACUGAGGACGUAUUCGAAGCACGUAAUUUCGAGGGUUCUGAUCCCACCGAAGUUGCGUUUGUGAACGGUAAAGCUACACACUGGUUAGACUACGUACCAGCACCUGUGCUGCAGGUCAAGGCUACGAGUUUGUUCUGUGCAGCCGCUCUGCAAGAUGGAUCAGUCCAUGUCUAUUCUGCAACUGGUCGAAGGUUGAUGCCCGCUAUGACACUGGGUGCCCCUUGUUACAAAAUGGAUGCAAACAAAUCCGCACUCCUCGUUCUCACUACUAUCGGAAAUCUCUACGUUUGGAACAUAAAAAAGCAAUCUGCCUUCUUCCCUUCCGUUUCAGUCCGUCCUUUGCUUGCUUCGCCCAAUAACACGAUAACAGCGGCCAUUGUCCGAUCCAAUGGCGCGCCGAUCAUCAUUUGCUCGUCUGCGGUGUACACCUACGAUUCUUCGCUAUUAACUUGGGUCAUUCUUGGCGACCGAUGGUGGUCAGAAGGUUCAGAUGCGUGGCAAGGUCGCCAACGCGGUAAUGCAUCAUCUGGAAGCCGUGGCAUUCUGUCCACCAUUGAGAGCACUAUUGGUGGAGGCGAUGAAACUGCUGCAGAGGUGCCACGACCGCAGUGGUGGAGCACGGCUCUGACUCUCGGACAUAUGGAGACGCGGUUACAUGCCGCAAGACUGCUAGAUAGUCAGCCAGAGUAUAAGCAAUCGCUCUUAGUGUACGCAAAGAAGAUCGCGGACGAGGGCUUCAGAGCCAAGGCAGAGGAAUUAGUCAAGGAACUCUUUGGCCCGAUAUUCUGGCGGCCUGGUCGUGACGAUUCAUGGACACCGACCAUUCUCGGUAUGGCCAAGCGUGACCUUCUGAAAGAUGUCCUUUCGAUCUUUGCACGAAGUAAGACUUUGACUAAAUUGGCCCUGGAUUGGCAAGACACGCUGAAGAAGGCUGCUAACGAGGAGCAGCCUUGA